CUCCGCCAACGACUCCAUGUGGGACAACUACGACAUCUACGAGCUGGACUCCUACGCGGUGCCGCCGGGCCACCGCGCCGUGCUGGCCCUCUACACCCUCAUCUUCCUCCUGGGCGUCCUCGGCAACGGCGCCGUCAUCUGGGUGACGGCCUUCGAGCUGCACCGCACCGUCAACGGCGUCUGGUUCCUCAACCUCUCGGUGGCCGACCUCUUGUGUUGCUUGGCGCUGCCCUUCUUGGCUCUACCGUUGGCUUGGGACCACCAUUGGCCCUUGGGCCGCUUCGCCUGCAAGCUCCUGCCCUCCCUCACCGUCCUCAACAUGUUCGCCAGCGUCCUGCUCCUCACGGCCAUCAGCGCCGACCGCUGCGCCCUGGUUGCCCGCCCCGUUUGGUGCCACAACCACCGCGGCCGGCGCUGGGCGCGAGCGCUCAGCGCCGGCGCCUGGGCCCUGGCUGCGGCGCUCACGGCGCCGUCCUUCGCCUUCCGCACCACGCGCCGCGACGCCUUCGCCCUCAAGACCACCUGCGUCCUGGACUACGCGCCCAUCGGCGUCCGGCACCAGCGCUUGGCCGAGCUGCUCACCGCCGGCGCCCGCUUCGUCUUGGGCUUCGCCGUGCCCUUCGCCGUCAUCACCGCCUGCUACGGCACGCUCUUGGCGCGCGUGCGGAGCAAAGGCUUCGCCCGCUCGCAACGGGCCACCAAGCUCGUCUUGGUGGUCAUCGUCAGCUUCUUCGCCUGCUGGUUGCCCUACCACGUGGUGGGGCUCAUCCUGGCGGCCUGCCACCCGCGCAGCGCGCUCUACAAAGGCGCCGCCGACGCCGACGCCGCCGUAGCCGGCGUCGCCUACAUCAACAGCUGCGUCAACCUCAUCUACGUGGUGAUGGGGCAGGACUUCAAGGCCCGCUUGUGGCGGUCGUGGCGGGCGGUGCUGCGCGGGGCGCUGAGCGAUGACCCCACCGCCAGCACCACCGUCGCCACCGGGGAGAGCCGGGCCAAGAGCGUGGCCACCGCCGAGGAGCGCAGCGUCAGCACCGGGGUGUGA